AUGACCGAAGAAUUCCUUGUGAAUUCGGCUUCGUCUUCCAGUCACUGCGAUAAUGAAAAUUCUCAGUCAAGAUCAGAAUCUCCGUUGUCGGAAAGUUCAGAUGAUGAGGGACAAGAACUUUUUGAAAGGCAUAUAAAUGAUGGUGCUCUACCGUGUACAUCUGAGCAGCUGACUACAAAGAUUUAUUAUCAUAUUGACGCUGAGGCUAUCCCAUACUGUGCAAUUAUUGAUGUGUCGCCCGAUGAAGUUACUUUGAAAGACUUUAAACGAGUAUUUAGUAAAUCUAACUUCAAGUAUUUUUGUAAAGUCCCGUCUCCAGACUCGGAAAUUUCGAAGGAAGUCAAGGUUGAGAUCUCUAAGGAUAGCGAUAUGCUACUUCGUUCUGCUAGGGGGCAGUACGAAUUAUACCUUGAGAGCUAUGAUGAAAAUGGGUAUUCUGACGCAAGUCCGGAUUUUACGUUGGGACCUAGCGAAACAUCUGGAGUUACCAAUAAUAUGAAGACUAAUCGAGGAAGGUAUCGUCGUUACAUCAGUAAUACCGAUCAGACGGGCACUUCGUAUGAAACAGAUUCGUACGCAGUGGGAAGCUACCGUUCUUUCAGAAGUUUGAAAAGAGGACGUAGUCGACGGUAUAACUGGUACAAUCCAGAAGGAGCUCAAGGUGGUCAUCGUGGUUUCGGAGGCAGGGAUUCUGCUAUUGGAUCUGACACAGAAGUACAACUAAAUAGCGAAGAUGAGGAGCGAGUUUCCACUUCGACGGAUUUUACUAGCGUUUCGCGUCAGAAGCCUAAUAAUUAUCGAAAGAGGUGUAGUAGAAAAAAAUUUCGACAGGCUUCACAAAGUUCAUUUUAUACUAGUAUCCUAGAGAACUCAAUGUCUAUGGAUGUGCUUACUGUUACAUUAAAUCUGGAUAUUAUAAAUUAUCUUGGAAUUAGCAUUGUUGGCCAGAGUUCGCUGAAAGGAGAUAAUGGCAUUUAUGUCGCUAAUGUAAUAAAAGUUGCAUUAGAUGGUCGUAUAGAGCCAGGAGAUAUGAUUAUUCAGGUUAAUGACAUUGCUCUGGACAAUUUUACUAAUGAUCAGGCUGUUGACUUUUUAAAGGAACUUGUUACUAAAAGAGGAUUAGCCUCUGGAGUAUCAAAUUACAGGCUAAUUAAACUGACUGUCGCAAAAAUGUGGGAUGGGAGACCACGAAGCGAUGUCUCGAUACCUCGAUAUGACACUGAACCGGUGAGGCCAAUUGAUCUGAAUGCUUGGAUUCAGCAUACAAAUGCUAUGCGAGGUUUAGUGUCUGCAGCAGGCAAGCUCAAGUUCCAACGGGGUUCUAAAUUUGAUCGGCUUAAUAUUGUUCGAGCUUUGGCCUUGCCAGAUUCAGGAUUGAAACUGAAGGAUCAUACUUGGUUAAAGAUGCAAAUUCCUAAUUCAUUUCUAGGAGCUGAUUUGAUUGAUUGGAUGAUGGAGCAUAUUGAGGGUUUCACAGAUAGAAAACAAGCCCGUUUUUUUGCAAAUGAAUUGUUAAAUGAGAAACUGAUAACUCAUUUUACAAGUGUGAAUCAUUUUACCGAGAAGCGUUAUUACACUUUUGGCAGUUUAAUAGGAAAUGGUUUUCUUGCUUCAAACGUUGGGAGUACCACUGGGACAGAAUCUGUUAACUCACCGGACAAGUUAGUGCCGAUGGGUAUUUUGCCAGCAGCUUAA